AUGGCUACCGCCGAAAAGACCAAGGAGCAGCAGAAGCAGUUCCAGGUGCCCGACUACGACGACGAGGAUUACGACAGUGCCGACGACUACGAAUAUUCCGACGAAGAAGAAGAGCCCGUCCCCCAGAAACAGCAGCUCCAGCGUCGUCGGCGAUUACAGCUGCAAAAGCAACAACCACAAGAAGAGCUAGAUGAUUACUCCGAUGAAGAUGACUAUUGGUUGCAAGAAGACGACGAUGAUGAUCAAUAUGAUGAGUACGGAAUGACCGACGGCAAGGGCAUCCAACACUGGCAGCAGAACAACCAAUCCGGCGACAUGAACGUCAUCAACCAGGAAAAAAAGAGCAUCGACGACGAAGAGGGCAUGAAGCUGAAGUUGGAAUUGAACCUCGAGAUCGAGAUCGAGUUGAAGGCGCGCAUCCAUGGUGACUUGACUCUGGCUCUCAUGUAA